GUUGUGCCCCUGAUGAAGAACCUUACUUUCAACAUAAUAUGUUCUCUUCUAUUUGGGCUGGAACAUGGGUCAAGGAGAGAAGAGUUACUAAACUGUUUUCAGGAUCUAGUAGCCGGAUUGUGGUCACUACCCAUCAAUCUUCCCUUCACGCAAUACAGAAGAAGUCUCAAGGCCAGUCUCAAGAUCACUGACCUAAUUAAGCACGUCAUUCGCGAAAAGAAAGCAAAGCUGGCUGCUGCCAAAGGAUCAACUAACGAGGACAUCAUCGCUUCCUUGAUCAGCAGCAAAGGAUCCGAUGAAGAGAUCAUUCACAACAUGAAGCUUAUGCUGGUUGCAGGCCAUGACACCUCUGCCAUCGUCCUAUCAUUCAUUAUUAGGCUCCUCGCCCGCGAUCCCGUCGUUUAUGAAACCCUUCUUCAAGAACAAGAAGGGGUAUCCAGAAGCAAAGGUUCUCGGGUGCUGCUUACAAGGGAAGAUCUAGGGAAGAUGAAAUAUACAUGGAAAGUAGCUUUAGAAAUUUUGAGAUUGGUUCCUCCACUCUUUGGAGGGUUUAGGAGAGCCCUAAAAGAUAUUGAGUAUGAAGGUUUCCUAAUUCCUAAAGGAUGGCAAGUUUUAUGGGUAUCAAGCAUGACUCAUAUGGACAAUAACAUAUUCCCAGAUGCAUCCAAGUUUGAUCCGUCAAGAUUUGAUAACCAAGGAAGCAUUCCACCUUACUGCUACAUUCCGUUUGGAGCUGGACCUCGGGUAUGCCCAGGAUACGAGUUUGCUAAAAUUGAGAUUCUGGUCACAAUCCAUUACAUAGUCACCCGGUUCAAAUGGAAGUUAUGCUGCGACGAUAAUUUCUUUGGACGUGAUCCAAUGCCAAUGCCUACUCAAGGACUUCCCAUUCAAAUUGUUCAAAUUGUUUCCAAGGAGUAG